CUCAUUCUCACCUUCUUUGAUGAAGUUCACAAGCACACAAAAAACCCAUCCCCAUCUCUAUCUCAUGCAUGAUACCCUUUAAUGAAUACUCCCUCUUCUUCUUCUUCUUCUUCUUCUUCUUCUUCUUCAUCUAUCUGUGAUCCUUCGUAGUAGUACACUAAUUAAUCAUACAUAACUCACAGAGAUAUGAUGCCCUCUCAAGCAAAACCCAUGUCUACCGAUGAACAUAACCAAAGCUCAUCUGGAGGAGGGAAUAGCAGAAAAGCUACUACUAGUAGUAUGGCAACACUGAAACCACCCGAACAUGCUCUCAAAUGUCCAAGAUGUGAUUCUCCAAACACCAAGUUUUGUUACUACAACAAUUAUAGUCUUACACAACCAAGACACUUUUGCAAGACGUGUAGAAGAUAUUGGACCAGAGGCGGUGCUCUACGUAAUGUUCCAAUCGGUGGAGGUUGUCGUAAAAACAAGAAAAGCACUAGUAGUAGUACCACUAAAUCAUCAUCUAUAAGAGGCUACUCUAGUGAUUAUUCAAUCCAUGAUUCCGCAUCAUCUGAAAAUGGCUUGAAAUUUUUUCAACACCAUGCUCCUUCAACUAUGGAUUUUCAACUUGGUGGACUUUCUCUAUCUAGACUUCAUCAUUCUUCAUCAACAACUGGGGUUUAUAAUCAGUUUGCUGCUGCUACUCCAUAUGGAGGAGAUAUGGGGUAUCAUACUUUCCCUGGUUGUUCUUCUAAUUCUUCUUCAGUACUUACCAACGGUGGAGGUGUUCAGAUAAGUCAAGCAGAAAUGGCUAGCUCAUUAAAUAUUCAUAGUAAUCUUGCUUCUUCUAUUGAGUCCUUGAGUUGUAUAAACCAAGAUUUACACUGGAAAUUACAACAACAAAGACUAGGGAUGCUGUUUGGUACUACUAGUGAUCAACAGAUGAAGGAGACUAAUGAUAUAAAUGAAUCCCGUCUUCAUCAGAAACAAAAACCAUUGCAACCCAUUAUGUUUCAGAAUCUAGAAAUGACAAAAGCAGAUGAUCAUGAUCAGGUAACACUUGCCAUUAGUAAGAGCAGUACUGCAGGUAGUAUCGUUGGUGGAAAUGGAAACCAUAACAAUAAUAAUAAUAAUAUCAAUACUUCUUCUGAAUGGUUCUUUGCUGAGAAUACUAAUUACCCCCCAACUGCCAACAACAACAGUAGUAGUAGCCAAGAGAAUGGAGUCCAAACCUGGGUUGGGUUGAAUCAUCAUCAUCAUCAGCAACAUCAUGUUCAAUUUACUACUACUGAUGAAUGAAGACAGGAUCAGAGAGAAUCAGAAAAAGGUCAGACAAAAAAGGAAGGGUAAACUUGAGUUUCUUUUUCAUCUUUAGGGUUUGUUGUUUUCAUUUCAUUACUACUUAUUUGGACAAUGUUUAAUAUUUCACUACUUUAUGUGUUUUGUUGUUUUUGAGGGUUUCACUUCCAAUUGAUUAAGUAGUGAUGUUGUUUUUCA